AUGGUACAGCAGCACGCGCCCAGCCGCGUUGCCCACGGCGAAGAGGCCUCGCCGCUCGCUGCAGCAAGUGUGGGGCCCCACAGCAGCAGCAGCAGCAGCAGCAGCAAGUUCAGAAGCCAGCGACGGGGGCGGAGGACACGGGGAAAGGCAGCAGCAACAGCAGCAGCAAAGCAGCAGCAGUACAGCAGCAGCAGCAGCAGCAAGACUACACCAGCAACACGACGGCAGCAGCAGCAGCAGCAAAACUGCACCAGCAGUAGCAGCAACAAAAAAAAGCAGCAGCAGCAAAGCAACACCAGCAUCACCAGCAAAGCUGCACCAGCAGCAGGAGCACCAAAUCAGCAUCAGCAGCAAAUCAGCAGCAGCAGCAAACCAGCAGCAGCAGCAGCAGCAGCAAAACAAAAAGUCCCUUGCCUGAAGGCCGCAGAGGUGACAUAA